AUUGGGACCAUUCCACUGAUGCCUAAUCCAGGGCCAUCAAGCCAAGCAGCGAGUGGCACUCAGGGCCUUCAAGUGCAACCAAUCACCCCCCAGCUCCUGACAAACGCCCAGGGCCAGAUCAUCGCCACUGUCAUCGGCAACCAGAUCCUGCCCGUCAUCAACAGCCAGGGCAUCACGCUGUCCCCCAUCAAGCCAGGCCAGCAGCUCCACCAGCCCUCCCAGACGGCAGUGGGUCAAGCAGCUUCCCAAGGCAACCUUCUGCACCUGGCUCACAGCCAAGCAUCCAUGUCUCAAAGUCCCGUGCGACAGGCUUCCUCUUCUUCCUCCUCAUCCUCCUCUUCUUCAGCUUUGAGCGUGGGCCAGUUAGUCAGCAAUCCUCAAACGGCAGCGGGUGAGGUGGAUGGGGUUAAUCUGGAGGAGAUCCGAGAAUUUGCCAAAGCUUUUAAAAUCCGGCGCCUGUCCCUCGGCCUGACCCAGACUCAGGUGGGGCAGGCUCUCAGUGCUACCGAGGGCCCUGCGUACAGCCAGUCGGCCAUCUGCAGGUUUGAAAAGCUGGACAUCACCCCUAAAAGUGCCCAGAAGAUCAAGCCGGUGCUUGAGCGGUGGAUGGCUGAGGCUGAGGCCCGCCAUCGAGCCGGUAUGCAGAACCUGACCGAGUUUAUCGGGAGCGAACCGUCCAAAAAGCGCAAGCGGCGCACCUCCUUCACACCCCAGGCCCUUGAGAUCCUCAAUGCCCACUUUGAGAAGAACACACACCCCUCGGGGCAGGAAAUGACAGAGAUUGCCGAGAAGCUCAACUAUGACCGGGAAGUAGUUAGAGUUUGGUUCUGCAAUAAGAGGCAAGCCCUGAAGAACACCAUUAAACGCUUAAAACAGCAUGAGCCGCCCACCGCGGUCCCCCUGGAACCUUUAACGGACUCUCUGGAAGAAAACUCCUAAAAAGACAGAUCCCCACCCGUGAUCAGAAGUGAAAUUCACCGAGACACAGCUCCACCCUGGGACUCCAGGAAGGAAAAAAAAAAAUUGUGGUUAAGUU